GGACCUGGGACAGAAUCUGCGGGAUGGCCGGGUCGGAGUACCGGGAGUGAGCCUGUGGAAGAGAAAGGCUUCCCUACUGUACCAGCGGGCAAAGGACAGUGGCAGGAUGACAUCUGUGGCAACAUCCUCCACAUAUGACAACAUCACCUCUCAGCCACCUGCUACCACAUUAGUAACUGCAUGGGACAAUGUGACUUCUGCAUCCUUGACAACUGCACAGGUUUUUAAUGACACCAACAUAACUGUCCCACACAAGUGCUUAUUGUUGUUGUAUGAAGAUAUUGGGACAACCAGGGUUCGUUACUGGGACCUUUUGCUGCUGGUUCCCAAUGUGCUUUUCUUUCUGUUUCUCCUCUGGAAGCUGCCUUCUGCCAGGGCCAAAAUUCAUGCUACGUCCAGCCCAAUCUUUACUACCUUCUACAUACUAGUGUUUGUGGUGGCUGUGGUUGGGAUUGCUCGGGCUGUUGUCUCCAUGACAGUUAGUGCCUCAACUGCUGCGACAGUUACUGACAAGAUCCUAUGGGAAAUCACAAGGUUUUUCCUUCUGGCCAUCGAGCUGAGCAUGGUGAUCCUUGGUCUGGCAUUUGGUCAUCUGGAGAGCAAAUCCAGUGUCAAGCGGGUAUUAGCCAUCACCACAGUACUGUCACUGGCCUAUUCUGUCACUCAGGGAACACUGGAAAUCCAGUAUCCUGAUGCCAGACUCUCAGCAGAAGACUUCAAUAUCUACGGCCAUGGUGGACGACACUUCUGGCUCGCAAGCUCCUGUUUUUUCUUUCUGGUUUAUUCAUUGGUGGUGAUUCUUCCAAAAACUCCCUUGAAGGACCGUAUUUCUCUGCCAUCAAGGAAGAGUUUCUACAUCUAUGCUGGGAUUCUUGCUGUGCUGAACCUGGUGCAGGGCCUGGGCAGUGCUCUGCUGUGUGCAGGCAUCAUAGAAGGAUUAUGCUGUGUUGACGCCACGACCUUCCUCUACUUCAGCUUCUUUGCUCCUCUCAUUUAUGUGGCAUUCCUGAAAGGCUUCUUCGGGUCUGAGCCAAAGAUCCUCUUCUCCUAUAAAUGCCAGGUGGAUGAACCUGAGGAUGUUGAUGUGCACCUCCCACAUGCUUAUGGCGUUGCCAAGAAAGAAGGCCUGGAUUCCAGUUUCUACUCCAGUACCCAGAUCGACACCACAGCAUACCUGGAUGAUAUAGCUUCCAUGCCUUAUCACGUUGGCAGCAUCAACAGUGUUGAUAGCGACCGCUGGAAAGCCAUCAACUCCUAAGGCAAACCUUGUUUCUUGAAGAACGUAUCUCUCUUGGAUCCCUCAGCUCUGUCACAAAUUUCCCUUUGGAAUUCUUUAAUGUGUUGUCUUUUUCCCUUGAGGAUUUUAAAUAUAUAUAUCUAAAUCCAGCGUGGAAGGAAAAUCAGCAACAGUAGCCUUCCCAGCAGUUGACUCUUGUGUUCAUGCCAGAAAAACCUAGACCAGCUUUAUUUCAAAAUGCAUAAAUAUUAAAUCUUUCAUCUUGAACAUUCCAGAUACAUUUGAUUGGAUGUGAUGACAACCUUUUACUGAAGAUGGGCACUCUGACUGCUCAAUUGAACAUAAAGCUGGGCAUGUUUUUUGUGUUCCACUUGGGUUACUUUCCAAAAUAUCUAUGUUCCCAACAAGAUUAAGCUCAAGACAUAAUGUUGUUUGGAAAAAAAGCUGGGGAAGGAUGGUUGCAGUUUGGUGCGAUUUAUUACAUGGAAAAACUUGGGAUGCUUUUUAUGGAAAGAUUUGCUGAAUAUUCCUGGAAUUCGUCACAGGAGAGGAGUGUGUGUACAACACAUAUAUACAUACAUACAUAUUUAUAUAUAUGAUACAGAGAAAGCGAGAGCUCCUGAAUAUGGUGAUUGAGAGGAAAAGUAGCCAGCAGGGAAGGGUCUCUGUGGAACUUGUUGCUGUGCAACUGAACCGCUGUGAUUGGUUGAUGUGCAGCCAUGAAUUUCAUACACUGAAUUAUAGCUGAGUUUAAAGAUAAAACUUAGCCAAUUGAGAGCUACAGAGAAGUGAUGGGCUAGUUGAUGCUGGCAGAACUCCAGAGCCAGAGGUACUAGAAAGGAAAGAGUUGGUUCAAAUUGACAGCUCCUAAAGAAUUUUAAAGUACUGGAUGAGUGGGAGUAUUCUGGUAAGCCACUUGUUGAGAGGUUGUGAGUGAUUAUAGUGUUGGCAUCUAAGUGGAUUAUGGGGUUGCAGUCAUUUAGAUAUCUAGGCUGGAAGGAGGCUGUUCAGUGGGUUCCAGUAGUCCGUGUCUUCAGCCUAGGCUGAUCUUGCAGCACAGUACAGAUUUUUAGGACCAGAUGAGAUUUCCUUGAACUUGGCUUGGGAGGUUCUAGUUGUGUGUGCUUCACUCAAAUCUGACCGGCCUUUUCUGAAGCUCACAGUGCCAAGUAGUUGGUUAUUUGUUUGAAUUGUAGCUGAUCAGAAGGCAACUGAUGACACAGUUAAUUUUAAUGUAGAGUUCUGGGUACUGAGGCAGCAAGACUAUACAAGAGACACACAAAGUUUCUUAUUUGCUGUUGGCUGCCACUAUUAUUUGGAACUCAUUAGCACCAAAUAUACUCUAAGGCAGAGAUCCUGUGCUUGGAUGGAGGCUCCUUGGAAACUAAUGGAACACACUUUGAAGCUGACUCCUGCAACAAGGUGGAAGCAGGAAAUCCUGCAACUUUCCUCUUCCUAAUGGCCAUAGCUUCCCUUAUGCCUAAAGGAGCUGCGCUUUGUGAUUUCUACCUGUUAAGCCACAUCAAAGUGUUUUUUGCCUUUUUAAAUCCUGAUUUUUACUUUUUAAGACUUUUAAAAGUUACCCUCCCAACUUGUUUGAUUACUUCCAUUUUGGAUGAGUUGAUAAUGAAAAUGGACAGGAUUAUUGUGGUGACUUAACUUGCUGCUGCCCCAUUUUAGCCUUUACUCAAUGGUGAUGUUUGAUGCAGGCAUCACUUGUACAGGCUUACUGCUUUUAAAGAUGUCACCUCUAGGGUGAGGUGACUUUUAUAUUGUACGGCAGUGUUUCCCAGCCAGCGUUCUGCAGAAAUCAUGGAAUAAAGAAAAUUUUGAAAUGCCAUGGAAAAAUUUCAACUAUCCCUCAAAAUAUCACAGCUAUUAAGGUUAUGAAAGCUGACAUGUAUUUAUAAUAGCAGCUCUUUACAAAUUAAUAUUCUUGACCAUAAUUUAGCUGUAAUUGAAUUGUGCUCCCCAUCCCCACCACCAAUUUUUUAUGGCCUGUAAAUGUUUUCAUAGGUAGGUGUUCUUUGGGAUUUGAAAAAUUCAUUUAGAGGAUCCUCCACAGAAAAAAGGUUGGGAAACAUUGCUGUACGGUUUAGGCUUCAGUUGUGUGUGUGAGUACUUGGUAGGGAUGGACUGGUAUACCCACCAUCUGUCUCUCUGACUCAUAUCCAUAUGUACACACCCUCUGUAAUGCACAGUAUAGAAGGUAAAGUUUGGCAAUGGGGAGUCAUAAGAGCUGUGAUGUGGCUUGGUUGUUAUCCAACCAUUUGUGUUCUGAAAUGAGCCAGUUCUCUAUCUUUACUUUGGUUGCAGGGCAUAAGUUGGAGUGGGAGGGAUGUAACAGUUAUAUCAUUUAAGGUAACUUUUCUGUCUGUGCUCAACAGUAGUUAGAGAUGUUUCCCUUGAGUAACGUGGUUCCAGUAUCUUGGUUAAAUUUUGUUAUCAGUUAACUGUUAAUCAGGCAGUGUAGGAAACCUUGGCAACAAAACAUAAUUUCCUUGGAUUUCCUUCCAUUUAGUACAAGAAUGAUUAUAUAUACCUCUUCCUUGACUGUGUAGAAAAUACAAAGUACCCCAACUAUGAAGAUGGAUUCCUUGAGCAAUGUGAAUUGGAACGAGCCUGACUUCGGGUCACGAUGUGCUAGCCCCAGUCUAUCAAAUGCUAACUCGUCUUUGGAACAAUGCUCACUUCUUCCAUGGUAACUCUCUCCUCCUCCUCCUCUUAAAUGUCAGUAUCUCCUCUUUACAUCUUGCGUUGUCUCUGCUGCUGGUGAGGAGUUUCUGCACUAAGUGAAGGAAUUAUCUCCUUCUGAACAUUGAGGUUUUUAUGGGUAUAUAAAAAUGCCUCCCAUGGCCCAGCACACAGUCUGGUUUGUGAGCAGGCGCACAUGUGUGUGAAUACACUGCGUGUACUGUUUGAUGUUCUAAGGGAGGGAAUUGAAAAUAGAAUAAUGUAUAUUUUUGUCUGUAAAAUAAAUGAACUUUGACAUAAA